UCGUCAUCAUCAGCGGGCUCGAUACGUGUAAACAAAUUGUGCUUUGAGCGAGUCAUGGGUGCCCGGCCUGCGGUAAUUCAUCACCACCACGGCCUGAUCACGUGUUGGACUCGUAGUGCUAGUGUAUAAUUAAGUGUUGAGCCCCUGGAGAGUGUACAGCUUACCGAGAGCAUGGCAUUUUUUGGUAAGCUGUUCAAGACUUUCAUGGGGUCAGAAGGGCCAUCUGAGAACUGUGUCUGUGAAGUGGGAAUAUCAACGUUUAAAAGGAUACAGGUUUUGAGCCGGGAAGAUUGUCUAGUUCUCUACGGACCCACUGAAACCAACCAGUAUGAGCUGCUACUCCACCAGCCCAUCCAGAACUCCCUGCACAAGGCCUACAGCCUUUACCGAGUGCUAGAUCAGGACGAGGCGCAGAUCCGCUUCAUGACCUUGAGGGAGGUGCUGCCGCCUCUGGUGUGUCACAUUCCCCAUGAGAUCAUCAACCAGCCGGGACUUCAGACAAUAUGUGAUCUAGUCAGGGAACAUCAAACCUGGACUGUGGCUCACAUUGCAGCACACCUCGGCUACGCUGGACUCUUCCACCAACCUGAAGUGGCCAAGCUGGCUGACAUGGCUGAUAUAGAGAUGAAGGAGACCCCACUCCACUUGGCAAUAAAGAAAGGACACAUAGAGGUCAUCCGUGUCUUAAUGGGGAAGAAUGUCAGUAUUGAUGCAGUAGAUGUCAAAGGAAACUCUGUUUAUCAUACAGCAGCUGCCUCUAAUGAAGCCAUAAUUAAGCUUGUCACCAAGAAAACAUCUCGACUGAUGAACACUCCCAAUGAGGCCGGCAAGACUCCUCUUCACUUGGCCUGUGAGGCAGAUAAACCCGAGUGUGUCAAGGCUCUUCUGUGUGCUGGUGCCGACGUCAAUGUUGCUGCAACACAUGACUCUGUACUGCCCAUCCACAGUGCCAUGGCAGCCAACAGCACAUUGUGUGCCAAAGAAAUCAUCGCCAUGUAUCCCAACCAACUUAAUGUCACGGACAUGAAGGGUGGUGGAACUCCUCUACACUGGGCAACAUCCAAAGAAAUCAUCAAUGCGAUGGUGGAACUUGGUUGCAUUGUGAAUGCACGUAAUUUUCAUGGCCUCACUGCUCUCCACAAGAUGGUUGAGAAGGACAAAGUAUCAUGCGUCAUCGCACUACUCACCUGGGGUGCAGAAGUCAACGUUUUUGAUGAUAAAGGAAACACACCGCUCCACCUCGCCAGCUCUCCUGUUGUGGUCCAGACACUUCUUGUUUUUGGUGCAAACACUUCCCUUACUAAUAAGGAGGGAUCAACUGUGCGUCAUGUCAUGGCAAACAGCUCUCACAGGGAAAAGCACAAAAUGCUCUACCUGAUGCAUGCGGUAGGUGCCCCACGCUGCCAGAUGAGACUUGCCAACUGCAAUGAGGGCUGUUCCCCGACUGGUUCCUUUGAUGGCCUGCCAAAUGAUUGCUCUCCUGUUUCACGGAUCAGGACGACUUAUGAUGAUUUCUUAGAUUCUUGCCUCAUGGAACGUGCCAUUUCAAACCUACAGUCUCCUCUAGGGUUUGAUGGUGCCACAAAGAAGAGAACUUGCCGUGUUCUGUGCUUAGAUGGGGGCGGUAUAAAGGGUCUUGUCCUCAUUCAGCUGCUCAGUGCACUGCAGGAAGCAGCUGGAAGACCCAUCCUGUCCCUCUUUGACUGGAUUGCUGGCACAAGCACAGGAGGUAUUCUUGCCUUGGCACUGGCAAUGGGCAAGAGUGUACGCUACACACAAGGCUUGUACUUCAGGAUGAAGGACCAGGUAUUCUUGGGGCACCGGCCCUAUGACGAGAAACCACUGGAGGAGAUUUUAAAGAAGGAGCUCGGAGAAGAGACUGUCAUGGCAGACAUCAAAGGAAUCAGAGUAAUUGUCACUGGUGUAUUGGCUGACCGAUCCCCAGCAGACUUGCACCUCUUCAGAAAUUAUUCCAGUGGGGAAGAGAUGCUUCAGAAUCGGUCAGGAGGUUCUUUCCCUCCUACCAAACCCCCAAAUGAGCAACUGGUUUGGAGAGCUGGCAGGGCCUCAGGGGCAGCCCCAUCUUAUUUCAGAGCUUUUGGACGGUUCAUUGAUGGCGGGUUGAUCUCCAACAACCCAACGCUGGAUGUCCUGACAGAAAUAUUUGAGUACAACACCACCCUGCUGGCCCUUGGGAGGGACCAAGAAGUAGUCCAGCCAUCUGUGGUUGUCUCCCUUGGAACAGGCCGUCCCCCAGUGACCCCUGUUGAGGCCAUUGACUGCUUCAAGCCAGAGAGCAUGUGGAGUACAGUGCAGAUGGCCUUUGGACUCUCAAAUAUUGCCAAAAUGCUCAUUGACCAGGCAACGAUGGCUGAUAAUAGCACAGUGGACAGAGCACGUGCCUGGUGUGCAACCAGUGGCAUAGUGUACCAGCGCCUGUCUCCACAGCUGUCCCUUGACGUGCAGCUGGAUGAGAGACAGGAUGAGAUUUUGGUCAAUGCAUUGUGGGAAACUAUGGUGUACAUCCGUGACAUGAAGGACAAGAUAAACCGCCUGGCAAACUUACUGACGCUGGGCUGUACAUAAUUUUGAAAAUGAAUGUGAGGUGAGCAGCUUGACUUGACUGUUAGGGAGAUGUCAUUGAAGUAAAGUUUUGUAGUCAUUGGGACUUGGAUUUUUAAGAAAUGGCAGUGCUCAUUUCUUGAAAUUUUGUGAUUACUUUUCUUGUACACAUGAUGGAGAUGUAACAGUAUUGUUCAGUGCUAAAUAUUGAUGUGUAUAGAAACUUCCUACCUGUACAUCAUUAACAUUAUCAUCAUAAUCACUCACAAAAUAAGGGUGGAUUUUGCUUCUCUAGGAGCAAUGUUGCUGCCCUAUGGUGGAGAGCCAGUCCCAAGUAUAAGUUCUCAUCAAGGGUGACUAAGCUCCAGCUACAGCUGGAGCUUUUUCAUCGUGGAGAGCUGGCAUACAGAGGCUUCAUCUAGUCACGAAGGCCUGUAGUCACCUGACUUGUGUUCCUGACUGACCUGUCCUCUUGCAGGUAUUGUAACACUUUGAGACAGGUUUUGUAGUAGUAAGUCUUGUUCAUGUGGCCUAGUUUACACACACACACAAAUAAAGUUUUCUGGGGCAAUUUAUAUCUGUAUAUAAGUACAUAGUAUUUUAUGUUGAACUUGGUUAGUGGAUUCAACAUCUAGUAUUUUAUGUUGAUCUUGGUUAGUGGAUUCAACAUCAUCUUCAGCCAUUGUUAUUCUGCUGCAGGACAGUCUUUCCCAAUGUUCUCCACCUCUGUCUGAUGUAAAUACUCAAUGCUGAUCUGGCAAAUGCUCUGAUUUCAUCUUCCAGUUGAUCCUCUAUCUGCCCUGACUUCUACAGUUUCUGGGUUGCCACUCAUUUGGUUGUCCAUCUGUAAUCAGUUCUAUGUAUAUGACCUGCUCAGAUUAAUUUAUUUUCACAAUAGCCACUAAAAUUUCAACUUUUCUUUUCUAAUCCAUGUUGCAGUUGUGGCUCACCUCCUUUCUCUUUGUGUUAUACUAAGCAUUUAUCUCUCUAUUCCUCUUUGUGAGCUGAGUUUUCUCUCAAAAUAUUUUGUGGUGUUGAGUUUCUUUAAAAUUAUGUUAGGACUGGCAAGAUACAUGGAUUGUACACCUUUGUCUUUAGGGAGAGUGAUAUCAUUUAUCAAGUGCUCCAUCUCUUUCUUAUUCUCUUUCCGAAUUGUUUUCAUGACCCAGGUUUGCACUGAUUGUCCAAGAUAUGUUCUCUUCUACUUUCAAGUAUUUAAUUCUCAAUAAUUUGUUGUCCUGCCAACUGACUCUUAAACAUUAACAUUUGUUACCUCAUAUUUAUCUACAAUCCUACUUUCAGACUUUCACUGUGAAAUUCCUUUAUCAUUUUUAAAAAUUUUCCUCAGACUUUAUCAAGACUAAAUCAUCUGCAAAUAAGGUUAUUAGGGUAUUCACUAUUUAUUAUGAUUCCUAUCACACUAAUUUCCUAAAUACUUCUGAGCACUCUGUGAUUAUUUUUUUACUGUUACCUUGCCUAUUGCAAUCCUUAAUUGGAAUUGUCCUGCUUUCCUUGUGGAGUUUAACAAUUACUGUGCCAUUUCUUUAUAACUUCCAACACCUUUGUGAAUGAUUCAUCUGUGCCCAACCUCCGGAGUGCCUGCACGCAUGUAGUUUAGUGUAAUCAUAUAAUCAUUGUUAAAUUUUUAAAACUGAAGUUAUUUGACUUGUUUUGAAAAUCAGUACUUUAUUUUGGUUGUAUGUAAUACCACAGUGGAGCAGCAUACUCACAUAUUUAUAUCUACUAAAGUAGAAAUUGCCAUUUGAUUAAUAUAAUUUUAUUAAGAUUUAAGGACAGACCACCUAGUCUGGACCAUGGGGUCUGUGUGGUCUGAAUAUUGAUGUAAAUAUGUAAAUCUUGAGUCCACCUUCAUGGAAUCAUAUUUGGAUUCCAGUAGCAACCACAACUGUACGUGUGUGUAUGUUCUGUGAUACUCUUUUCUUGACCUUGAUCCUUUCUUUACUUUUCUAUUCAGUCUAUUUUCACAUGUUUAUGAAAUCUAUUACCUCAGCAUAUUAAUCUAUAAUACUUGACUUUUUUUUUAUGAACCCCUUAAUAUCCUAUACAUAUUUUGUAGAAUUUCUAUAUUUUGUCUUACCAAAUACAUAAUAUGCCAAAGAAAAUACCGAAUGUUGUGAAAGCCAUUCUUAUGAAAAAGAAUAUUGAUGUUCAGAUGACUUUAUCAAAGUAUCCUUUUAUAGAGUAAUGAUAUGAGAAAAUAUGGAGUUGUGUGCAUACUGUCAAUAAAAAUGUUUAUUAUUGUUA